AUGGGUGAUACUAGUUGUUAUAUGGGACCGCCAGGAGCACCUACCGGUGGUGGUGGUGGUGGCGGCAGUGCAGGUGGUGGAGCCGGUGGUGGUUAUGGUGGUGGUGGUGGUGGUGGUGGUUAUGGUGGUGGUUAUGGUGGUGGUUAUGGUGGUGGGGGUGGUUAUGCUUAUCAGCAAGAGUAUGAUUAUGGAAGUGGUGGUGGUGGUGGUGGUGGUGGUGGCGUUGGUGGUGGCGGCGGUGGCGGCGGCGUUGGUGGAGGCGGUGGUGGUGCUAGCAGUGGUGGAGAUGAUGGACCAAAGAUGCGAACCGAUGUUUCAUGCUAUCUUGGACCCAGAUGA